AUGAAUAAAUAUAGUGAUAAAAACAGAAUGGGUCGAAACAGAAAACACAAAAACAGAGAUCGAAGGAAAGAUCUGUUUCUCGAAAUUUUUAGAGGGGGACCUGGAAUGCAUUUCUGUUCAGGUAGAGAAAAUUUCUUUUUAGAAAGUAACACGCUAGAGUUAGAUAUUAAAAAGGAAUUUUUAAAAAAAUUGGACAUCUCAUCAUCCUUUUUAUCUAAAUUUUCCUUAUUCAAAAAAAAUUUAUUUGAUGAUUUUUUUGCUUUAAAAAAGGAAGAAAUAAAAAAAAGGAUAUGGCAAGGAUACGAAUCAGUGAUAGACAAUUUACGUGACGAAGAUGUAAGAGAAGUUUUUCAAAAUUUAAAGAAAUUCAGAUUAAGAGAAAAAGAGGAGGAAAAAUUAUUCUUGUCUUAUUUACACGGUUUCGACAAGUUCAAACGAGUAGACCAAAGAAAGGGAAAAAAAAAAUAUUCAUUUCUUCCACAAAAAUCGGAACAAGCGGUAGGACUAUCCAAGUCACACUGCACAAAAUGUGAUUGUGAAGAGAAAAAAAUAUGGAAACGUAGUUCUUUAAAUCAAGAUAAAUUAACUCAACAUAGUUUAACAACAUGGGAAGAAGUACCCCCGAAUGUAGAUCCACAAAACAUUCUCUUCAAAAGCAUACACUCGAACAAAUACAAACAAAAUGGUUAUUAUCGUAUCAAAAAAAAUAUGAACACCUUAUGGGAAAUGUACAUAACUAGCGAUUUACAUAACAUGAACAAGUGUAAAUAUGGAGAUAUAAUAAAAGAAAUUUUGCAAAAAAUUAUUCAAAAAGGACAUGAACAAAUAGAAUACAUAGAAGGUGCCAAGAGAGUAAACACAUUUAAUACAGUAAAUAUGUUGAAAAAAAAAAAAAAAAAAAAAAGGAACGAAAUUGAUAAUCUAAGGGGGUGGGCGAAUGAUCAAGCCAAUUAUGGUAGUGAAGCAGAAAUUAGUACAUUCCAUUGUAAAGGGAAAAACGCUGCAGAGGUUAAUCAAAGUGAGAACAUUAAUCGUUAUAAUUCCAUAGAAGCAAAUAUAGAAACAAAUAUAGAAGCAAACGUAACCAAUUUGACCAACUUGCCCAAUGUCUUGGAAUGUGAAAGUACAGUCCACAUCAAUGAAAUGAAUAAUUGCGAAAAUAUUGAUGACAACCUGGACAUGUCAAAUAGUAGAAGUGAUAUUGUUAUAAAGGGAAUUGUUGGCAUUAAGGACAGCCAAGGGGAUAGUACAAGUAUUGUUCUAGAAAAGUCAAGCAAAAAGCGAUGCUUGAAAAAAGAAGUUACAUUCUUAAGUUUAAACGGGAAGGAGGAUGGAACCAUGCCCGUGGGUAUCCAAGCCCCCGACACAGUAAGAUUCAACGGUGCAGCAAAAUCCACCGGUGCAGCAAACUCUACCGGUGCAGUAAACCCCAUCGGUGCAGCCAAACCCAUCGGUGCAGCAAACUCUACCGGUGCAGUAAACCCCAUCGGUGCAGCCAAACCCAUCGGUGCAGCCAAACCCACCGGUGCAAUCGGGGGAACCAAUUUAAAGAAGGCUAUUCGUAGCAAUGUGACAAAAAGAAAACUCCGUGUAUUGAAUACCACUCAUACGAGGAAUACCCUACUUGCACCAUACAUGUUGAACGUGCAGAAUUUGACAGAAACAAAUGGCUUAGAUAAGGUGGAUCAUGCGAACUGUAUUAUUGAUAAUGUGGACAGUCUGAACAAUUUGAAUAGUCUGAACAGUAUGAACAGUAUGAGCAGCAUGUACAGCAUUGGAAACGUUUGUAAUAUGGAAAACGUGGUUGAUGCAAGGGGUUCAUGGGAGGGGUCCACAGAUGAUGUCAUGCGAAUAAAAAAAGAAAUUUUGAGAAAGGUAAAAUCAAGAAGUGUUAGAAACGAGAUAAGAAAGGAUAACCAAGGUAUACAUGAAAUUUUAAUAAAUUCAGUUAAAGGAGAAAUAAAAAUGAAGGUGAAAAAUUUUGUUAAAAUUCAUCAGGUGGGUCAAGGGGCAUAUGGAGAUGUCUGGAUGGCUGAGGACAUUACAAAUAACAAGAGAGUGGCUUUAAAAAAAUUGAAAAUAAGCGGAAGUAAAGAAGGUUUAGCUAAGACAUAUAUAAGAGAAAUAUCUAUUUUAAAUUCAUUGAAGCAUGAAAAUAUUGUUGAAUUGAUAGGUGUCGUUUACACAAAAUUGCCCGUUAGUGAUGAUUUCCCCAUGUCACAUUGUGCCUUUAGCACGCCACCCCUACAGCAGCUUGAGAAGCAGCAACCGAAUCAACAGCAAAAAGGGUUAAAGAGAAAAAAAGAUAGGAUUUUUUCGAGACUUUGUCACAGCAUGUUAAGGAGAUCAUCUUCUCGCACGUCAUUUGCAAAAUCAGUAUCCCCAGCUGUGUCUCCUGAGGAACCUAGAUUCUCUGUAGCUUGUGCCGAUAUUGCUUCAUCGGCAGGCGAAGAAUCCACCUCAUCCAGUGGUAGCAGCUCCUCCUCUUCUGAUUCUGAAUCGGAUUCUGAUUCUGGGUCGUCAUCCCAGCCCUCUUUCCACAAGAAAGGUGAAACAGUCGCUUCCAUUUGGAUGGUGUUCGAGUAUGUGCCGUUUGAUUUAUCAGGGUACAGUGAACUUCUGAGAGAUGAGAGAAUCCAGAGGGAGAGAUACAAAAACGGGAAUUUAUUCACCAUAGGGGAAGUGAAGCACAUUUUUUUGCAGUUGUUGAAAGCGUUAGAUUAUUGUCAUAAGAAUAGCAUAAUACAUCGAGAUGUGAAAAUAGCCAAUUUGUUAAUAGAUAAAAAUGGUAUUUUAAAGCUAGCUGAUUUUGGACUAGCGAGAUUCCAUUCUAAUAUAAUCCCGUCGAAUAUGACGAACCGAGUUAUUACACUGUGGUAUAGACCACCAGAACUUUUACUGGGUUCAAAUUAUUACUCCUCUUCUGUGGAUAUGUGGAGUUGCGGAUGUGUAUUAGCAGAAUUAAUAACAAGUAACCCUAUUUUUUCAGCUGAUAAUGAAACAGAUAUUUUAAAAAUAAUAGUAAAUAAAAUUGGUGUCCCAAAUAAUAAGGAAAUAAAAUUUUUAAAAAAUUUACCUUUCUGGAAUGUAUUGACAGUGAAUCCAGUACAUCCAAAUAAUGUAAAUAAAAUAAACCAGAAUAAAAAAAUAGAAGUAGAAAAUACAAUUCGAAGCAUACCAGGAGUAGGAGAUUUGGGUUUAGAUCUUUUAAAAAAGUUUCUCAAAUGGGAACCUUUUGAAAGAAUUUCAGCUUUUGAGGCUCUCCAUCAUCCAUGGUUUAAAACAAAUCCAAUGCCAGAAAAAAUACAUGAGCGAAAUAAUAUAAAAGCUGCUCAUAGUUUUAUGACAAAAAAUUACAAAAAGAGAGAUAUACCCAAAUUGAACUAUAGAAAAAUUCAAGAAAAUUUUAGAUUUUUAAAUGUAGGAAAUUAUAGAAGAGCUCUUAUUUAUAGCAAAUAUGGAGAGAUCCUCAUGAGAUCCGUUCUUCCCGUAGAUGGAAAUCAAGAACUUCAUCUACCUGACCAAUCGGUGGCAGGUAAUUUUUAUGCUAUGCGUAGAAGUACACAUUAUAUGUUUUCUUUUUUGUUUGUGUGCAUUAAUAAGAGUACAUAUAUAUACACAUACCGAAGAACCAAAAUCAAAGAGAAAAAGAACCCAAGGGAAGAAGUAAUUCCCCUGAAAGAGAAUACAGAAAAUUUUCAAACCAUAAAGGAGACUGAAAGAGAAAGAGAACAUUUGACUAACGACAAAGAGAAGAGAAAAACAAAUGAGCACCCAUUUAGAGAUAAUCGAAAUAUAUUAACACAUAGAAAUAGGAUAGAGAUUAGUGAUUGUGGACAACUGGGAGAUGUUUUGAAAAAGUCUGAAAAUUUAUAUCCAUUUGAUGAAAAAGAGAAACCUACUUUAAAUGACACUGGAAAAGUAGUAGAUGCAAAGGAAAAAAAAAAAAAAAAUAAUUCUAAAUACAAGGAAUAUCAUAAGGAUGAUGGAGAAGGGGAAGGAGGGCAUGGUCAAAGUCAAGAACAUCGCGAUGAUAGACAUGGAAGUGAUAAUCGAUUGAAGGGAGAGGAAGAUUCAAAAAAGAACAAGCGUUCGUCAAUCCGACGAAAUGAUUAUCCAGCUCAUAAUUACAGUAUGGGGGUGGAUAGAAGUAGAGGGGGCGCUAGUAGAUACGAGAGAAGCAGAGGUGGAGGUAACAGAUACGAGAGAAGUAGGGAAAGGGAACGGUAUAAGAGAGACUAUAGAGAUAUGGAAAGAGAAAUGGAAAGAGAGAGAGAAAGAGAGAGAGAAAGAAAAAGAGAUAAAGAACGGGAAAAAGAAUGGGAGCGAGUUAAGAGAAGAGAAACAGAGCGUGAAGUGGAAAGGUUUAGGAGUAGGGAUUGGUAUAGGGAGAGAGAUUGGGACAGGGAAAGGGGCAGAGACUGGGAUAGGGACAGGGACAGGGACAGGGACAGGGAAAGAGGCAGAGACUGGGACAGAGACAGGGACAGAGACAGGGAAAGAGAAAGGGACAGAGACAGGGAAAGAGAAAGGGACAGAGAAAGGGACAGAGAAAAGGGAAAAGAAAAAGGAAAAGAAAAGGAGACGGAACAAGAUAAGAAAAGAACCAAAGACAACACAAACAAAAACUCUGAACACCCUGUGAAGGAACAGAAAAAACACAAAUUAGAUACAGAAAAUAUUAAAGAGGGAAAGAAAAAGAAAACAUAA